GCGGGCAUGUGCUGAAGGGAAAAGCAAAACCAGCCAUUCUUCCCCCAUCUACACUCCUCUUCUUCAUCUCUUCCGCUCCAGCUAUCCCGGCUGCUGGACAUCAAUCGACACCAUGGCUGUAUUGCUCCCCGCCCUCUCCUCCUGCAUCCUCCUUCUGCUCCUGGCCUCCUGCGCGUCCGCCUGCGAGAGGUGCGUGCGUCAGGGCAAGGCUGCCUACUCGCCGUCCACCAUCCCGACCGGCGGUGGGAUUUGCGGGUAUGGCGCCAUGGCCGUCGAGACCAAUGGGGGAUUCCUCGCCGCCGGGGGUCCCAGGCAGCACAGAGGGGGCCUUGGCUGUGGAAGGUGCUUCCAGAUGAGAUGCAGAGAUGCAAAGAUUUGCAGCACCAGGGGCGUCCGGGUCGUGCUCACCGACUUCCACAGGAACAAUCGUACGGACUUCCUGCUGGGUGGACCGGCUUUUGUGGGCCUGGCCAAGCCCGGGAUGGCCCAGCAGCUCACCAGGCUGGACGCUCUGCCCAUAGAGUACAAAAGAAUUCCUUGUGACUACAAUGGCAAGAACCUGUCCAUAUUAGUGGAAGAGCAGAGCAAGAAGCCAAGCAAAUUGGUCAUCAAGUUCCUUUACCAAGGUGGUCAAACUGAUAUCUUAGCGGUGGAUGUUGCUCAGGUGGGUUCAUCGGACUGGCGGUUCAUGAGCCGAGUCCACGGGCCCGUGUGGACCAUGGACCGGGCACCGACCGGGCCGCUGCAGUUACGGGCGGUGGUGACAGGAGGGUAUGAUGGCAAGUGGGUCUGGGCCGACAAAGAGGUCCUUCCGGCUGACUGGCAGCCAGGUCAGGUUUACGACACUGGUGCCCGAAUCGAUGAUGUGGCAAGGGAGAGCUGUAUAGGCUGCGCGAGGUCGAGGUUGGACUGGGAAAUGAAAGUGGCUUAACACAAUGAAGAAGCUGUUGCUAUACCUGGCGUAUCUGGUAUUGCAAUGACCUUGAGAUGCAGAUAUCAACAGCAAACACCAAGUCAUGAGAGGGUGAAAGGACAGCAGUGGGUUGAAAAAGGGCAGCCUCCUCUUGCUGUCAAAAAAGAGAUGGGUAUGCGUUUGUGGGGGGAUAGCUGCCGUCGAUCUUUGCUGGCCCUUGAGUUUGUUUCUUCCUAUAUGCAUGCAUGUACAAGUUGAGUGAACCAUGCCUGCAUAUAAGAGAUGUAUGUAAAACAAAUGAGCUACCUAGCUAGCUACGUCCCUGCUAAUUGAUAGAAUAACUAGUGAACAUAGUGCUAUAUUUUUUCUUGGCACAUGUGUUCUGUCUCCUGUUAUCUUUGGAACUU